GCGGCUAAGCCAGUCGCUCGCUCGCCGCUCACCUAAACGGCUUUCACCUGGCCGAUUACGAAGAUCCUUGGUCGUCGACCGCCUUCUGAACGUUAUUUCUCGUUCAACCGUUCUCUCGAUCGGUGCGUAUGCACACGAAAAUUCCGUGGCCCGGUGGCCGGUGAUCGGUGAUGGACCCAACAGCCGACAUGUCCUCUGGACGUUGAAUCGUGUGUUCCGUUUCCAUGCGAUCAGAGGGGAACGAAGGACACUGCCAAAACUGUCAAAAGCAUCGUCGCCAAUCCUGAUCCUGUCGGUCCUGCGAAACGGUCCGAUCGGUUUCCACUUCUUCGGCUGGUGGUUUCACUUUCAUCCGGCAGAAUGUCAAAAAAUCAGCAACCGAAUGGAAUGAUACCAGGCGGUGACGCGGUGGUUGGCGCUGACGAUUUUUCCGAUGGUGAGAGUACUCCAUUGACUCAGGACUAUGGCGAUAGUCAAAGAACAGUCGUGGAGACGAAGGGAUGGGACGUGUUCCGGAAUCCACCGCCAAAGAUCGAUUCCGGCUCGAUGGCGAAUCAAAGGUGCCUCGAGGUGACGGUACAAAUCACGAAGAUGAUUGUGUACCUGUUAGUAUUUGUGAUAGUCCUAGGGAGCGGCGUAGUUGCCAAAGGAACAAUUCUAUUUAUGACGUCGCAGUUAAGAGCCAAUCGAACGAUCGUUUACUGCAACAGGAAGUUAGGUCGGGACAAGCAAUGGAUGGCAACGUUACCGGAAGAGGAGAGGAUAGCGUGGAUCUGGUGCAUCAUAAUCGCGUUCGCGGUGCCAGAAUUCGGCACGUUAAUUCGCAGCAUUAGGAUAUGCAUCUUCAAGUCGUGGAAGAAACCACCGGUUUCCCACUUCCUUCUCGUCUUUCUCAUGGAAACAUUCCACGUGGCUGGUCUGGCUCUGAUGUUUAUGGCAGUGCUUCCUGAACUGGACGUUGUUAAAGGCGCGAUGCUGACGAACUGCGUGUGCUUCGUACCUGGUUUACUAGGGUUGCUCUCCCGCAAUAAGAACAAAGACGAAUCGAAGAGAUUCGUUUUGGUGCUGAUCGAUAUUGCAGCACUCGCUGCACAGGGAACAAGUUUCUUCCUUUGGCCAUUGUUGGAUAGUUCCCGGCCCUCAUUAUGGCUCAUACCACCGUCUCUGUUCCUGGUUUCGUGCGGUUGGUGGGAAAAUUAUGUUUCAAUGCAAAGUCCGAUCGGAUUCGUCCGAUCUCUUGGAAGGGUGAAGAAAGAAAUGCGGCUGACGAGAUACUUCACUUAUAUGUUUAUUCCGCUUUGGAAAAUUGUGGCGUUCAUUAUCUGCUCCAUGUUGAUAUUGCACAUCAAGGGGCAAACGGUUGGCCAUUUGUUCACGAUGUUGAGCGACGCUUUCGGGAGCCAUGACAUUAUGGUGUCGGCGGUACGGUUCGAUGCCACUGACAGAAUCACCGACAUCGCCGAUAUCUUGGAAAUUGGUGAUAAAGAACCUGUACCAGCGAGCACAGACACUCCUAUAUACGUCCUACUGUUGCAAAUAUUUGGUGCUUACUUCACAUAUGUAUUCGGUAAAUUCGCGUGCAAAAUUCUGAUACAGGGUUUCAGUUAUGCCUUCCCGGUGAAUCUAACGAUUCCGGUGUCCAUAUCCUUGUUGAUUGCCGCCUGUGGCUUGAGAAACGAUGAUCCUUGCAUAUUUCAAGACACGAUCCCGUAUUAUUUGUUCUACGAGUCGCCACCCUCGCAUUUCCUCAACGAUUUCGUGUCGAAGCAGUACGCUUGGGUAUGGUUGCUGUGGCUGCUGUCGCAAACUUGGAUCACCCUGCACGUCUGGACGCCGAAAUGCGAGCGUCUCGCUGCCACGGAGAAACUGUUCGUCGUUCCAAUGUAUAAUUCCCUGUUGAUCGAUCAAUCAAUGGGUCUGAACAGGAAGAGAGACGACCAACCGGAAGUGAAAGUCGAGGAUCUGGCGGAAAUAGAGAAAGAAAAAGGUGACGGAGAUUACGAGACUAUAUACGAGCAAACAGACGGCUCGACUACACCACCGUCGGCUGUGAAGAGCAGCGAUCACGUAACACGGAUAUACGCCUGCGCGACAAUGUGGCAUGAGAACAAGGAAGAAAUGAUGGAGUUUUUGAAAAGUAUCUUACGUUUAGACGAGGAUCAGUGUGCCAGGCGUGUGGCCCAGAAGUAUCUAAAAGUUGUCGAUCCAGACUAUUAUGAAUUUGAAACUCACAUCUUCUUCGACGACGCGUUUGAGCUGUCGGAUCACGAUGAGAACGAGUCGCAAGUGAACAGGUUCGUGAAAUUGUUGGUGGGCACGUUGGACGAGGCUGCAUCGGACGUUCAUCAGACGCGGAUGCACGUUAGGGCACCGAAAAAGUAUCCAACGCCUUACGGCGGACGAUUAGUCUGGACACUUCCUGGAAAAACGAAGAUGAUCGCCCACUUGAAAGACAAGAGCAAGAUCCGCCACCGAAAACGUUGGAGCCAGGUGAUGUACAUGUAUUAUUUGUUGGGACACCGAUUGAUGGAGCUGCCAAUUAGCGUAGACCGGAAGGAGGUGAUCGCGGAAAACACUUAUUUAUUAACCCUCGACGGUGAUAUCGACUUCCAGCCAGCCGCUGUGAAAUUGCUCGUCGACUUGAUGAAGAAGAACAAAAACCUUGGCGCAGCUUGUGGUCGUAUUCAUCCAGUCGGAUCGGGUCCUAUGGUGUGGUAUCAGAUGUUCGAGUACGCUAUUGGUCAUUGGCUGCAAAAAGCGACAGAGCACAUGAUUGGCUGUGUACUUUGUAGUCCUGGUUGCUUUUCGCUGUUCAGAGGGAAAGCUCUGAUGGACGACAACGUUAUGAAGAAGUACACAACGAAGUCCGAGGAGGCCAGACAUUACGUUCAAUAUGACCAAGGAGAGGAUCGAUGGCUUUGCACGCUUCUCUUGCAACGUGGUUACAGGGUCGAAUACUCAGCAGCCAGCGAUGCUUACACCCACGCACCCGAAGGUUUCAAUGAAUUUUACAAUCAGCGUCGUCGAUGGGUUCCCUCCACCAUUGCCAAUAUCAUGGAUCUUUUAAUGGAUGCAAAACGAACGAUCAAGAUCAACGAUAACAUUUCUCUUCCCUACAUCUCUUAUCAAAUUCUGCUCAUGGGUGGAACCAUUUUAGGACCGGGUACGAUUUUCCUCAUGUUGGUCGGUGCCUUCGUCGCAGCCUUCAAGAUCGACAACUGGACCAGCUUCUAUUACAACAUCAUUCCUAUCCUACUCUUCGUGAUCGUAUGUUUCACUUGUAAAGCGAACAUUCAGCUUUUGUGCGCGCAGAUAUUAUCGACAGGAUACGCGAUGAUAAUGAUGGCCGUGAUCGUAGGUACGGCUCUCCAACUAGGAGAGGACGGUAUCGGCUCGCCAUCGGCUAUAUUCUUAAUAUCACUGUCCGGCUCCUUCUUCAUAGCAGCCUGUUUGCAUCCUCAAGAAUUUUGGUGUGUCGUCCCUGGCAUAAUAUACCUCCUUUCUAUCCCCUCGAUGUACCUCCUUCUGAUCCUCUACUCGAUUAUAAACUUGAACGUCGUUUCGUGGGGAACUCGCGAGGUCCAAGUGAAAAAAACCAAAAAGGAACUUGAACAAGAGAAAAAGGAAGCCGAAGAGGCGAAACGGAAGGCGAAACAGAAAUCUCUGCUGGGAUUUCUUCAAAAUGGCGUGGGCUCGAACGACGACGAGGAAGGAUCGAUAGAAAUUUCCCUGGCCGGACUGUUCAAGUGUAUGUUUUGCACUCAUGGACAGACCUCGAACGAGAAACAGCAAUUGGUCGCGAUUGCUGAAUCUCUGGAGCAAGUUGGCAAACGUCUGGAAGUCAUUGAAAGAGCCGUGGAUCCUCAUGGAGUGACAAGCCGGCGUCGUGCAUCUUCCGUGGGCUCUCGAACAGCUGAUCAUUUAGGCGCUAUUGGCGAAGAUCCAGCGGAGGAUCAGGACUGUCAAAGUGAAGCUGAAACGGUGACUAGUCAGAAUACGGAAGGAAAUCGCGAGGGUAGCAAUUUCCUCAGCAGGCCUUACUGGUUGAGCGACGAGGGGCUCAAGAAAGGCGAAAUCGAUGUGCUUUCGCUACAAGAGGAACAAUUUUGGAAGGAUCUUCUGGAGAAGUAUCUGUAUCCUAUAGACGAAGACAAGGCAGAGAAGGCACGAAUCGCCAAAGAUCUAAAGGACCUACGUGACCAGAGUGUUUUCGCAUUUUUUAUGAUGAACGCCCUCUUCGUGCUGAUCGUCUUUCUACUACAAUUAAACAAAGAUUUGUUGCACGUGAAAUGGCCUUUCGGUAUCAAGACGAACAUCACCUAUGAUGAUCACUCGCAGGAGGUACACGUCACGAAGGAGUAUUUACAACUUGAACCAAUCGGUCUGGUAUUUGUAUUCUUCUUCGCGUUGAUAUUGGUUAUUCAAUUCACCGCGAUGCUGUUCCAUCGAUUUGGCACGUUCGCUCAUAUUCUAGCCAGCACCAGUUUAGAUUGGUACUGCUGCAAAAAGACGAAGGAUUUGUCGGAAGAAGCAUUAUUGUCAAAACACGCGGUGGAGAUAGUCAGAGAUUUGCAAAGAUUAGACGGCAUGGAGGGUGAUUACGAGGAGGGAAGUGGCAGUGGUCCAGGCAGAAGGAAAACGAUAAGAAAUUUGGAAAAGAGCCGUAGGAAAACUCAGGCAAUCAAUACGCUCGAUGUUGCUUUCAGGCGACGGUUCUUCAAUGACGGCAAUGGUCUGCCAAGGAACAUGUCGACCAGAAGGUCCGCAAAGGCUUUUAAAGCUUUCGAGGGACGUAGAAACAGCAUAAUGGCGAUGAGAAGGAAAUCGCAGAUGCAAACGUUAGGGGCGAAUAACAUUUACGGCGUGGCGGGCAAUCCUUUGGGGAUACAAGGUCGCCCUUCAAGGAGCAGUCAAAUUUCUGUGAAGGAUGUGUUCGAGGGACACGCCAAUUCCGCUUACGAGCCCGACGAAAAUACCGGAAGUAGCCUCAGACUUCAUAAUUUGGGUCAGAGUACGUGGAGAGAAGCGAACACUAACAUCUGAUUCAGACGAAUUCUUCACGCAAGUAGGUGAACAACAACUCAUCAAAGGUGUUUCACGAGGAACGAACAAUGGUUCUCACUUGCUGUUAAGUGCCACAGCAAUGGAAUCGAAUUUCCGAUUGAAAUUACAUCGUGGCGCUAUUUAAGCGCUCCGUUUGGCAAUCAUCUAUUCAUUAUACAAUUCUACACGAUGUAGUACGAAAUGGAGUACGAAAAGACUGCCGCCGAGUUGACUAAUUUAUGACGAAGUGGAAAAUGGAAGAACAGGGCCUUUCUUGAAACUCUCUGUUUAUUCGUUAAAAAUAAAAGGAGAGCCGAGCAAAGUUCCUUUCCUCGUUAGAAAAAAGGAGCAACUAAUUCAGCAAGAAGGAAAGAAGAAAGAAGAUUGUAGAGGAAUAGAAAUAUUUAUUUUCAUCGCCGAUAAUUUUGACACUUUGCGAAAUCUGAGUUUUUUUGUCUUUAUCUUUAUUUCUUCUAUUUUCUUUUCUUCUUUUACUCGUGAUUAGAUAUUUAAGAUGAAUGAACUGACCGGUGAGUAAACGAUAUUUGUUAGGGCAGCUAUCGCUGCACGAUACGAGAAUAAUUCUCUAUUUAGGUGAUUAAUCGAAAAUAAUUAACGUUAAUAGCCUUCGUCGUAUCAAACGAGUAUUACUCAUACAGCUAUCACUCAUACACGUGUGUGACAGUAAUCACAGCGACGACGCUUACAUUCCUUUCAUUUUUUCUUUUUCUUUUUUUUUUUUUUUCUUUUUUGUGAACGUGAUAAACGCCGUUUAUAUAGGCACACUCAUUGUAUUUAAUAGAUAUACAAUCCUUUUUGUACAUAUCGCGUGCGUACGUGUUAAUGUUAAGCGCUGUAGAGAAAUCGUUGUUGGUUGUAUAUGAAAUAAAGUUCGGACGAUCAACA